AUGAGUGGUACCACGAGCAAUACCUCGUUCUUUUCGUUCGGACCCGAUGACAGCUUCAUAUCAAAAAGCUUUGCGGGACUUAACUAUCGCAAUCUCCCUUCCAGCCUCCAAGAUCUACUCCUUGGUAGGACCGUUUCAGAAGUACACUGGGCGGCUCUAGGACCGAUAACCGAAUCCUGGAUCCUAAGUUCCAAAGACUCGUCGGGCAAGAACAGUCUGCGCUGGGGCUCAUCUAUACCUUCACGGCUCCAGAAUAUCCUGACCAAGACAUGGCAUUCUCCACUUCUGCGUGCCUUCUUGGGACCGGAUGACUCCUUCAUUAUCUGGCAUCCUGAGCUUAUACGUUGGGCUAAUCUGCCGCCGAGCCUGGAGGAUGCCAUACAGUCUUGGUUGACACCUUCCGGAUGGCGCGUAGGACCGCCGCGCAUUGUAACAUGGGGCCCCGAAGGCGCGUUCUUCGCCAUGAGUGAGUACGGCGACGUCGUGUAUCGUUUGGGCGACGAAAAUGCCUGGGAUAUUUACAAAGAGACGGUAGAAGAAUGGAAGGCAGAGAAGGGUUUUCUCUGGAGCGAUCUGACUUUCAUUACCCUGGAUCCCACAAGCUCCGACCAAUUCAUCGCAAUUCGGAAUGAUGGAACAUGGGCUGGCUCUAUUGACGAUAUCAACGAAGAAGCGUUGGAGACUUUUGCGCUCAACUUCUUUGCCCGGGCGAAGAAGAAGUCGAAACCUAGCACAUCCCAGUCGAGCGAACAGAUGCCCAAUGGUACGACUACGCCCACAGAUGCGAAACCCAGCGCUGCGACGCAAGCACUCUACGAAAAGUGGUCUACAGAAACGGCAGUCAUGUUCGCAGCCGCAUCAGCAGCAGCCGGAGGCUCGAAACCCAAAGUCCCACGCAAACUCCAAGUUCGCUCCCAGUCCAGUAGUUCAGAUGCCUCUAGACCGCCACUGCAACGUACGUCAUCUGCAUCGCCAAAGUUGCUUUCCAUGUUUCCUUAUCUGCCUAAUACGAUUACGACUUGCAAUCUCACAGCGUGUACGAUACUCAAAUCCGAGCCAGAUAGUAUACACGCCUGCCAACACGAUGUAGAAAAGCUACUUCGAGCAAGCGGUUUGUAUAGCUACGAGUGGUUGCGCCAGGAGCGCUUGCGAUGGCAUCCCGACCGCUUUGGACGAUUGUGCGAGGAAGAAUGGAGGGAAACUGGGAAGAAGCUCGCAGGCGAAAUGUUCAAGCUCAUGAGCGUACUGAUAGAAGAUCUCAAAUCGCAUCAAGGCGAAGGCAGUGGCAGUAGGGAUGCAUAUAGGAACUAG